GUUCGACUAUGGACUAUACUUUUUUCUUGGAGCUCGUCAGAAACAAAUCAGCAUUCCUUUUCCAAGAAAUUAAUUCAACUACAUACAUCGAAAACAUUAAAAAUUAACACUCGGAAUUAAAUCUUAAAGAAUACCUUUAUAGGACUUAUAAACUUUUUAUAUAGACAACUGAUUUCAGAAAAUUUCCAUGAACAAAUCUAUUUAUAUUUUUAAAAACAAUUGACAAAAGAGGUGUUCAGUGACUAAAGACUUAAGUCAAUACGCAUGAUGUAAUAAUAACUUAGUGCAUCCUGUCAAUACGUUUUAAAUAUUUUCCCAAUUAAAUAAAUUCCCCAAAAUUCGUUAUAUUUCUAAUAAAAAAAUGUCUUCAAUUCUUUUAAGAAAUUAUUUAAAAAAAAUGUAUUAUAAAUCGUGCUAUUAUCAAUUUAACAAAAAUUACAAAAUCUUGAUUCAUAAUCCUAAAAACAAAACAUUCAAAAUAUUGCCGCUGAAACCACAUAUAGCAAUAAAUAAUCAAAUUACGCGUUUUCAAACAUCCAAGUCUAUUACAAUAAAGGAAUAUGAAACUAGUCGUAAAUAUACAUGGAACUGGAAACUUGAACGUUUGAUGGGCUGGUCUUUAACAAUUUUAAUACCAUUGGCUUUUGCUAUAGAAUCGAAAGAAUUAGAAAUGUUAUUGGCUACGGCAGGGUUAAUGCAUACUUAUUGGGGCUGUCAAUCCAUGUGCAGCGAUUAUCUACGUUCUUCCAACGUAGGCAAAGUCCUGCCUAUUAUAGUGCGUUUUGCGGUAGUUGUACUGACAUUUGCAUCUUUGGCUGGUAUUUAUCAAUUGAUUUAUGAAGAUGUCGGUCUUAUUAAUAUGAUUAAAAAAUUUUAUUCUAUAAGAGGCCGGGAUUAUGUACCACCCAAACAAUUGCAGAAUGUAGAUCUCGAAGAAAAACAAAAUGUUUUACGUUUGUUUUUCAGAAAAUAGUCUAAAAAUACUUUUUAUUAUUUUGUUUGAAUAAAGAAAAUAUGUACUUAUAUAUA